AUGGCGGCAUCCCAAUUCUUCCAUAGACUUUUCAACCGUGAUAACCGAGACCCAGAGUCACCAAGGCCAUUGUCAUUAUCAAUACCAGGCCCAGCUCCGGCUCCGGCUCCGGCUCCAGCUCCAGCAUCAGCCUCAAUCAACAACAUCCCUAACUGGUCUCGAGCCGUCCUAGAAUCGGUCGGUAUUGACCACGCUACUUGCCGUGUUAAUGGGUCUCCUACUGAUUCCAAACAUCUUCCAACCCUCCCGCCAGACCACUGCUCCCUGUUGUCUACAUUAAGUGACAACAGACACCAUAAUAGAUCAUCAUCCGUAGCGAUUCAGCCGCAGAGUCAAAGUCCAUUCUUUUCCCGUCUUCCACCCGAGGUACGCAAUCUAAUAUAUCUCUUCGCCUUUGGGAACCGCCGAAUUCAUCUCGACUUCGACUUCAACCCCCAACAAGGCCAGUGGAGAUGGUGGCAUCGAGUAUGUGACGAUGCUGAAAAUUGCCUCGACAAAACGUUCCAAUGUCCUGAGUACGCUGGCGCUGAAGAGGCGAUGCUGAAACUCGCCUCACGCUCCUGGGUGAAGGAGGGUUUCGAGUAUAAACUAGACGCGGUGAAUUGGCUAAGAUGUUGUCGGAGAGCAUACAUAGAAACCCUCCCUAUAUUUUACACUUCUAGCACAUUCGUUUUCACCCAUGGUAUCGAUCAGCUCUUCCGCCUGUCAUGCGUGAUGCCGCCGGACCAUUUGGCACUCAUCGUAUCUCUCUCUGUUGAGAUCGAUAUCUACCGCAUCAUAAAGCGGCCUCCUCAUGUAGACCCACAAUUUAAGUCUUUUUAUGACAAAGUCUUUAAGAUUGUCCUCUGUGAGCUUAAAAACGUGAAGGAUCUUCGGUUCUCAAUAGCAGGGUUGCCCCAUCAUUCUGGGAGCCCGGUGCAGUGGAUAAGCCACGAAGAAUGUGAUUGGAUUACACCAUGGGAAGAAUUGGCGUCCAGUCGUAGUUGGAAAAGACUAGAUAUCGCGGUACCGCGAGCUUGGGUGCCGGAAUUUGAGGGAGUGGUACAGCGGAAUAGCGAGGUGGAGGAGCAGAGGAGGUAUCGACUUGUGGCUGGGAGUCACGAUUGGCCUAGGGGGUGGUAG